GAGAGGUAUUCGAGGAAGAGGCUGUUAAGGCCUGGGCCCGUGUGGGGGAGGGGAGUUCUUUAUUCUGUGAUGCAAUGAUGACCUCAAGGUAAACUGCCACUAGGUUGAGGAAAAUGCAAUGGCUGCUUGAAGACCUGCUUGGAGCUACAUAAGAUAUGGGAUUCCUCUGGGACCCACUGACCUAUGCUCUGGCCUGUAGCCACUGUGGCCACUGCUGCCUCCACAGUCCAGGGUAUCUGGUGAUACUAUUCUUAUUUGUGGUUUGGCAGAUUCAAAGAUGGCAACAGCGUGAAUCCUGGUGCUCUGGGGACACAAUGCAAGGCAAGGAUCUGCCACUUCAGUAUGAUUUGGCUUUUUUUGAUCACCUGUGGCAGAAAAAGUCAGAGAAAGAAGGAAAAGAAAGGGAAGAAGAGGAAGACCAGUCAACAUCUUUGGAGCCAGUGAAAUUGUGCUCUCCCGAAGAAGCUCCCACUGGAGACGAAGACACCACAGCCCCACUCCAGCCAUCCUGUGGUUCUGAGAGCCUCCCUAAGGCCACAGGGACACGAGAGCAAAUAUCCACACAACCCUCGUGCCCCUUCAGAUCCUUCCCCACUUUACAGAUCACUACUAACUUACCUGUAAGAAACAAGAACGCAUCAAGGAGCUGCCUGCAGCAAAGAAAAGGCCAGCUUUUCUUCGGUCUCCCCUCUCAGCACAGUGAGUCCCUGGAGACUAUCUUCCUGAGCUUAGAUAGCUCCUCUCCCCUGAAGUUGUCUGCCUGUCCUGUCUUCUUCAAUAAGCUUCCUUUCCUGCCUAGGUAUAACCUGCUGCUUCAUCAUUACUGUUCCCCAACCCAGCUUCCCAUCCAUGAAGCCCAUACUAGGGAAGACCUGGAAGGGAUGGCUUCUGAUGCUCAGCUAGUUCCACCGCCAUCUUCCUCUCCUGUCCCAUCUCUAUCCCUCCAUCUAAAGCCUUUGCCUAUGGACAACUAUGAUGGUGAAGCACACAAACAGUGGCUUAAACAGGAAAGAGAUAUUCUUCAGGUCUCUGAUGAUCAAACCCUGUAUCCACAGCGUUCACUCCAAGGAAUCAGAACCUCCAACUGCUUAUCCUCAUCUGAGGCCUGCAGGGGGGAGCCAUGGGACCCCAGACUCCAUCAACAUAAUCCAGAGUCACCCUCUACUUCCCCACUUUAUUCCUCUAGCUCUCUAGGAGUCCUGACUAGGUUUGAGGCCCUAUUGAGGGCAAUGAAGGAAAAUAAGCACCCAAAAGGCUGUGAGCCAGCAAUGCCAGCUCCCAGCCCAAGUCUAGCUUCUCUGCCAGAACUCCAGAGAGUCAGCCCUAUGGGAGGCCUAUCUGGAUCCAAGACCCUCUGGGAAACCACAGAGCAAAAGAAGGAUCCUCAGACCUCUGAGCCUCCAAUCCUGGCCGCUUGCCAAACCACAGUGCCCAUGACAGAAUUUCAAAGAUCCAGUUCCCCAUGCAGUCUACCCAGAUAUGAAGCUCAGUGGGGAACCACAGGACAUAAAGAGAGCCCCCAAGUUUCUGAACCCUCAAAUUCAGACUCUUGCCAAUCUCUAGUUUCUCUGCCAGAACCCCCAAAAGUCAGCCCUAAACAUUCUGCUCCUAAGAAUUUCCAGGGAAACAUGGGAUACAGAGAGAACCCUCAGGUUAAAUCUCCAAUGCCAGCCCACUUCUCUCCCCUAGACUCCUACUCAAAACUCCAGGAAAAGAAUCCCCCCAAAUAUUCAUUUGGAUAUGAGCCCCAGUGGGAAUAUACAGCAAACUUAGGAAAUCCCAGUGCCACUGAACUCCCAUCCUUGGACUGCAAUGCAGAGCUCUGUGAAACCAGACCUGUGUGUCCCCCAUCAGGAUCUGAGACUCCAUGGAAGAGCAUGCAGACGAGAGCUCUUUGGGUCUCUGCUGACUCAGUAUCACCUCCCAGUCUUCUUAGCCUUCCCUCCGCCUUUCGGCUGCAGUCUCUAGAAAAGGGCUCCCAGGGACUUCUGUCAGAGUCCAAAGCCUUGUGGGACACCAAGGGGCAGAAAAUGUACUUUUGGGUGUGUGACUCCUCAGAGCCUGCUCAGAUAACACCUCUAGCCUCCCUUGUAGAGCCACAUAGAAUCACUGCUGUGGGUGGCCUCUCUAGAUUGGAAACUACACGGAAAGUCACUGAGCAUUCAAAGAAUUCCUGGGCUUCUGAGCCAUUUCUGGCCCUCAGCCCAUCCCCUACUCUUGUAUGUAAACCUGUCAAAGCUAUCCCUAUGGGAGCUCUGUCUAAUGAAGCUACGUGUGAAGAUAUACAAAGGAAAAAGAACCGGGCCUCUGAGCUUCCAACUCCCAGUUUACUCCAAGACCUGCACGGAGCAAGCCUCCUGGUUGUAUCUGACUCUGAGCCUCUUAUGGGGAACAUGGAACACAAAGAAAACUAUUGUGUCCCUAUACCCCCAAUUUGGGGUUCCAGCUCACUUGCAAACUCUGUUUCUAAAUCUCACAUAAAUGAGUCUACUGGAGACCAAAGCAAGUGUAAGCCUGAAGGGAAAGCAGUAGAGCUGAGAGACAACUGUUGGGCCACUGAACUCCCAGCCCCCAGCUCACUCUCUGCUCCUCUACCAGAGCCACAUGCUAACCUUAAAUUUGUGUAUAAAGAUGUGCAAAAAGAGGUCCCCUGGGGCAUCAGCCCUGCAGUAGGAGAUCCCCUGCAUCUAAUACCCUGGCCUCCCAUCCUAGCUGAAGCUCCCAAGAUUGAACCCACCCAGUGUGGCCCACACAAAGGAGAAAUGUUUCCAGAAGUGAAGGCAGAGGUCCCAUCUUCCCAGGGUCAGGCUGUGCCAGAGGUGCUCACCCACUCUAGGGUCCCUGCCUGGCGAUGGAGUAGGGAGUUGGAGAACAGACUAAAGAAACUGCAGCAGAACCCUGCUUUCACAUCCCCUGGCCCAAGUCAACCAUUUUGCAGCUCUGCUGCCCUGAGUUCCACUAGACUAGACUCCUGGAAACUCUCUUCCUGGGCCCCAAAGGAGACUCAUGCCCCCAACCUGUACCUCCACUCAUGUUGUCAUCCCCCAAAUGUCCAGAGCACAGCACCUCAGCCUGUCCAGGACUCCCACUAUCUUCAUUCCUCUCAGGAGCUUCAGCCAUUAGCAUCUCGCCAGGCAGAGCAAGGGUCUCAAAAAGAGGAGAGAAUAAAAGGGAAGAUGGUGGCCCAAAUUCCAUCUCAUGGGCCAGGUUUUCACAAAAAGGCUGGUGCGAACUUUCUAGGCUUGGGAAAGCCCUCAAACACUGGGGUUCUGGCAUCAGGCAAGAGACAAAACAAGGCUUUGGCCUUAUCUUUGGCCAAAAAAAGGGAAAAUCCCAGAAAACUCAAAACGGUAGAAUGUGGAAGAGGAAAUGCAAGACUGGGAUCAUCCACAGUUACAGGAAAGAGCCACCCUGAUCAGGCCUGGAGACUAACAGAGGGCCCUGUAAGCAGACUUUCCCAAAGGUCUCAGCACAAGGGCCAGACCUCUCAACACACUGCUCUUCCGCGGCAGCUUUUUAAGGAUGCUGGUCCUCAGGACAAGCAAAGUGCAGGGUUGGCGACUGGUGGCAUACAGAACCCUCAGCACUGUAAGCAUUGUCCACAGGCCCACAUGGAGAGGCAUCUUUCAACCCCUACAUCCCAGGUUCCCAUUACUAGGGGUCUCCAAAGGGUAUUUGCCAAAUUAUGGGGUACUCAUGGACUCUCACCAAUAUAAUCCAGGCAAUAAAGGCUGGUAGCAUUGGUACAUUACACCUCAUGACAUGAAGCUAAACCAAGUAGAUGGAAAGAUAAAGGAAAAGCAGAGAAAACCCUAAUAAAUGACGUAAUUUACACAAA